ACGGUUCACCUGGCUGCAAUUAUUUCCCACCUGUUCCGUCAGUGACUUCUGGUAGUGCAGCAGCAGUGCAGCUGCUGGUGUCGGAGGGGAGAGAGGUGCACCACCGCGUUGGACUGACCUGAAAACAGCGCUCUCUUUUUAUGUAUAUAUUGCUAAAUAUACGCACAGCUGUACGGUUUUUACCGAGACUGUCAUCUACGAUUCUUCCUCAGACAGAUUUGUGGUGAUGUUUACACAAUCAAAAGAGGACCAUGAACCCCGAUUCCUGCUCUCAUCCUCUUCCUUAUGCGAUGCCGAAGAGUGACACGUGGCCAGGCGGCAUUGCCAUGGAAUCCUUGAGCAACAUAGACAGUGCCGGUAGCUGCGACAGUGUAAUCAGCAUGAACUCUGGCUAUAGUGAAGACAGCAUGGAGCACUUAUCUGCGGAAGAGAGGGCGUGUCUCAUGUAUCUGGAGGAAACGAUUGAAGCGCUGGAGGUGCAGGAGGACAGUGGCAUAUCCAAUGAUGAACCAGAAAGGGACAUUUCCAGUUUGAAGUCCAGAGCAGACCAGAAAUCAUACAUAUCUGAGCAUCACGCUCUAAAUCAAUCCACAGAACCACAGUCCUCUACUGCCUCUGCAGCCAAACUGACAGAUCUCGAAACAUCGGUAAACCUCAUGACUCAACCCAAACCUCCAGUCACUGAAUCAGUCGCUGGUUGGGAAAUUCCCCCAUCAGCUAAUCAGCCGCAGGUGUGUUCAUCCAAAGAUGGAGUUGGUAGUCUAAAGAUUGUCUCAAGUGAAAGGUUUUGCCCCAGUCUGUCCACUAAGGCCUCUGAGAUAGAUCUGGGUCUGAUCCCUCCACCCUCAGACUUCAUGGAUGAGCCAGCCCCCCCUCCUCAGCCAGAGAAAGCAAGAGACCUUCGUCCAUCUGCAGGAAUAUCCAAUAACAAGUCAGGAGCAACUGUUGACGUGGAGCAGCUACGCCAGAGAGCCUCUGUGAAGAGAAUUUCACUGAGCUCAUCUGUGACCCAGGAGCCUCCAAACAAGCCUCCAGAAGUGAGUCAUUUAGCCAGCAGCUCUGGUCCCCAAAUACAUCCUCCUCCUGCUACUGAGCCAAGAAGUCCACCUGCUGUGGCCCCUAAGCCCAAGCUUCCUCUCAACAUCGUUCUAAAGUCACACAAGGCAGCAGCGGCUGAUGGCAACUCUGGGCGUUCAGUGCCCACUAGCAGUGACCGGCUGUUGUUAGACCCCCAGAAGGUGCGCAUUGAGGCCCUCCGAAAGCUUGGCCUGCUUAAAAGCGAUGAAGCAGAUUUAGGCUCUGCCGUAAGCCCUAAACUUUCCCCCAAAACUAGAGCAUCAUGGGCAGCUCCUCCUCCUCCUCAAAUCAGCGCUGCAGCUCCACAUGCACCACCUUCAACACCAUCUUACACCCAUGUCAAAAGCCCACCUCCUGCCUCUGUCCCUGUCCAGUCUGCUGAAGCUGUGUCACCAUCAGGUACUUCUACAGCUCCUGCAGUCGAGUUUCCUGAUAUUUUCCCAGUACCUGAUGCUUUCAGUGACUCCAACGGAUCUCUGCUGUCAGAUAAUGAACUGUCUACUGUCAAAGGUGUUUCAGAGGCCGCAGUCAAUGCACCGGGGGAUUUACCUCCUCUCUCCGCUCCUGUCCCUUUCAACAACCUAAGCCCACCCAAUGUCGUAGGUGUCAAGUCAGCCACCCUGGAGCGCUGUGGCCUAGGUCUAAGCCACUAUAUGGCAGGUCAGGACUUCGAUGAGGCCAGCCAGGACAUCAGCAGCAAGCAGAGCCCCAGCCAUCUGCGUAACAGUCGGCCGCGCCCCGCCUCUCUGGGAAGUGGGAAAGAGCUUUCAAGCGCUCAGGGAGAGGGUUCCCAGGCAAGUUGUGCCGCCAGCAAAGGGUCGGAUUCCCGGAGGUCCGCGCCUCCUUUCCAGCACCCAGCAGACUCUCAGAAGCUGCCUCGAUCGCAAGGCAUCAGUGUACUGAUCUGCCCUCGUGCAGAGAAUGGAGAUGACCGUCGCGAGGCCCUGAAGAGGCUGGGGCUGCUCAGGAACUGAGGCAUCGACACCAAAUCUUAAAACCCCUCUGACUGCCACGGACUCCCUUCGGAUACUAUAUUUAAAGGAACAUACCAGAGAUUGAUACAUAAUUGAUGAAGACAUUCCAACUAUUUUGGGAAGCAGCUUAACCACACGUGUGCAUUAUCUUUUAAGCUAUUAUAACCAGAGACUGACUUUAAUACAUUGAAUGUUAUGUCCACACUUGCAUCCCCUUUUUACUCAUAUUUAACAGCCAGAUAUACAGUGUUUUAUUUCUCAUAAAACUGACGAUCGAGGCAUUUUGGAUAUUCACUGACUCUCUCGCUGUCGCUGUGGUGUUUAUAAAUUAAAUUAUGUUACUUUUAAGAAGCCAUGAUGAGUUGUUUUGCCAUUUUAAUGUUGCUUGUGAUGUACAGGUUUUGUAAAUCACUGUUUGCUUUCAAAGUUAUCGGUUUGCUGGUUCCUCUCUUAGUUCUCCUUUUAAGAGACUUUUAAAGGUCACUUUUGUUAAUAGUUUCACUUCCUGAAAUUCUUUGGACUUUUUUGUCUGGCUUUGUUGACCACAGGAAGUUUUUUUUUUUUUUUAGUAAGCACUGGCUAAUAUUCAAAUGUUUGUGUACUUGGGCUGCAUCAGCGCAGUUUGUCAAAGCCAAGUCUGCAUUAUAAUUUCAGGCUGUUGAUUCAAUGAAUAAAUAAAAAAAUUUCCUGCAUUGCUAGAACAUCCCUUACUAUAACUCAAAGCACAUAUUCAGUGCCCACUUGAUGAUAAGAAUCUAAAACAUUUGGUUUGCACGGUUGUAUAGUGACGAACAUGUAAAUACUCACAAGCUUCUUACACAGCAGCUAUGUUUAGUGUCACUGUGGGUCUGUCUGUCAGCUGCACACAAGCAGAUCGAACACUAAGCUCUAUUUUAAAUACUGGAUCAUAUGCUCACUGUCCCUGUAUUGCCCACAAGUCACACAUUUCUUUUGUGUGCAUUUGGAAUAUGUCAUGUGUUACUCUCUGGUGACUUGUGAAACUUGGGCCCUCAUGUGUCAUGUCAAAUCACGAGCUGAUGACGAGAGAACUGGUGCAGCCUGUUUUCUCGCCUCCUGGUUUAUUCUUUAUCUAACACCUUUGCUGCACAUUUGCGAGCAGACGGUCUGUCUGAAAAACACUUUUAUCAGUGCUGCAGUCUUUUAGAGACAAUCAGAUCUCUCUUUCCUGUAUUUGCCAUUAAGGUCACCCACUGCUGUGAAAAUGAAGCUCAACUUGAAAGAUAUGUCUCUAUAUUGGAAUUAAUACCAGGUUGACACACUGUAGAGUUGGAAGAGAGCACAGAAAAAGUGUUUGAAUCAACAAAUUGUUCCAUUUUUGGAGUAGAACAUAACCUGGCCAGUGUUGCAAAGGUUACCAGUACUUUGCUGGUGGAGUAGUGUUGUGUGCCCAAACUGAUAAUCAUUCAAUCAAUCACUCUUAUAUUUUAUUGUGCAAUUAGAUGUACUUAUUGGUGUGUCAUCUCUGAAUGACUGCAUCAGUGCCAAGUGCUACCUCAUCUGUCAGUGUUGUGUAGACCUGGUCUACACCAUAGUCGGAUUUGAAUAUUGUUUUGAACAUUUUAGUUUAAGAUAAAACACAUAAUUUGCAAUAAAGAUACAUUAGACACUGUUUAUUUUACGUUCAUACCAAUCACUAAAAGGUAGCAGGUCACAAUUAUCAUUGGUUUUGCAUUAUUGCUAGUUUAGCUUAUAGCGAACAUCGUUCUUUACUGUAAAGCGGAAAGAAGAGGAGGCAGUUACGUGCUGUCAAACCAACACAGGUUGCUUUGUGCUGCUCGGUGGCAUGUUGGUAUGUGAGCUAUCUUCACUUUCCACCUGUCUGGUGUCCAACUGCCAGCAGAUCUGACUGACACCUCGGUGACAGUUCCUGUCAUGUUAUCCUAGUAGGCAUCAUAGAUCAGCUGCUAUGAAUAACAUGCAAUAUCACUCUGCAUACCUUGCUCAAUUCUCAGUGUGAAGUUACUAAGAUGGAAUCUGAGAUGAAGAAAGAAACCAAAACCGAAUUUAUGACUCCUUAGCUUUAUGAUAAUGGUUAUGCAAAAUUAUUAUAUGAUAGCAAAGACAAAAUAUGUUUAUUAGUAGGGUGGGAUUAUGCUUGUUCAUACCAUUAUCAUUCUACAGCUCAAGUUUUCAAAUAGUGCGGUGCGGCCUGCAGGGGGCACAGGAGAGUUGAGUUAGUUAGCCUAUAAUUUGGCCCAGUGAUUUGGUCUGCCAAUUAACAAAACAGCACUCAGUUGGAGCAGCAGCAGUGACAAACACCUUAUGGAGGCUAUUAAGGUACUUUAAAACCCUCAGCGCAACAAUACGCGGCAGAAUUGAUACUCUUUGUACUCAACUCUACUACUCAGUCAAAUCUGAACACACAGAUAUGAUUCGCAUAUUUUUAGAUUCGUGACUUCGAAUUUACGAGGAUAUCUUGUCGCCUAUAAACGUCCAUAAAUUCGCAUAGAACUCAUAGAAAAAAAAGACUCUUUAACUCCACUACUUCCCUGAGAAUCAUCACGUUUUUAAGUGGCCUUCAGUGUAGAAAUAAUCCAGUAAUAUAUAUUUUUAUACAUACAUCCAGGAACUGCUAAUGGCUAAUUCGGCAUAUUUUAAUGGUGCCAAUUUGCCUAAAUGUAAAACAGUGUCAGACUUUAAAAAACCCUGUUAUAAAGAAACAGGUCGACCACUAGAGGGCAGUCUAGAUUCAUGCGUGUGCCUGCACAACCAUGAUUGCUGCAACCAGACUUCCCCACUGUUGGCGGCUCAUAUGAUAGGCAACAUUUGCUAAUGUGCACAGACGCAAGAACAUCACAUGCUGAUGAAUACACUGCAAACAGACUCCGCUCUUUACACAGAGGAAAUGAUGAAUUUAAACACGUCUGCUUGUUUAUAUCACAACUUACAUGGAUCCAAAAAUAGUGGAAAGUGGAAAGGGAGUAGUGGAAAGUAGUGCAUGACACAUUUAGUGUUGUAGCUAGCAGAUGUAUUUUGUUUGCAUACUUAAAUUUUCUUGAGUUCUAAUCUUUUAAAGAUGAUUCAUUAUGAAACUUGCAAAGUCUUUUUAUCACACUCAUUUAUAUAUCAAAUGAGGUGAUAACAGCAGAUAAUUUGUUGUUAAAUGUUGAGGACAAGACUGUAUUUGCUGUGAUUUCGAGUGGUUUUAAAUUCAAUAAUUCAUAAUAAAAUGUAAUAUAAUAA